AUGCCGUGGGGAAAAACAAACUUGUCCGUGCGUAUCACAGGAUCAGCUGCAGCAGCAACAGCAGCAGCAGCAGCAGCGGGUCAGCCAGCAGCUGCAACAACAGCAGCAGCAGCAGCAGCAGCCGCAGCAGCAAGAGCAGCAGCAGCCGCAGCAGCAAGAGCAGCAGCGCCGCCGCUCCGGCAGCCCGCAGCUUGGAGUGUAUGUACAGCUGCUCAGCGCUCGCCCCCAGGCCUCGGCGCAGACAAACCCCCCAGCAGCAGCAGCAGCAGCAGCAGCAGCAGCAGCAGCAGCAGCAGCAGCAGCAGCAGCAGCAGCAGCAGAGCCAGAGCAGCAGCAGCAGCAGCAGCAGCAGCAGCAGCAGCAGCAGCAGCAGCAGCAGCAGCAGCAGCAGCAGAGCAGCAGCAGCAGCAGCAGCAGCAGCAGCAGCAGCAGCAGCAGCAGCAGCAGCAGCAGCAGCAGCAGCAGCAGCAUCCGCAGCAGCAGCAGCAGCAGCAGCAUUCGCAGCAGCAGCAGCAGCAGCAGACCUGGGUCCCUGGGUUCCUGGUUUUUCUCCGGGGCCGUGAGUCUGUAGAAGAAGUAGCGGCGCAGUCAGCGGGUACUUCUCUGUCACGCGGUGCGCCCAGCCUGCAGCAGCAGCAGCAGCAGCAGCAGCAGCAGCAGGUAGGUAGAAGCAGCAGCAGGUGGAGCAGCAGCAGGUGGAGCAGCAGCAGGUGGCAGCAGCAGGUGAAGCGGCAGCAGCAGCGGGUAGAGCAGCAGCAGCAGCGGGUAGAGCAGCAGCAGCAGCGGUUAGAGCAGCAGCAGCAGCACGUCAACUGGCAGCAGCAGCAGCUAGAGCUGCAGCAACAGCAGGUGCAGCAGCAGCAGCAGCGGGUGAAGCAGCAGCAACAGGAGAUAAAGCCGCAGCACACGCUCCGAGGCUGA